GCCCCUGCGCCGCGCGCCCGAUGUAUGGGUGAUAUACUGCGGCGGUGUCAGGGUGAGGGACGGCCAUAUUUGCCGGUGCGGCCCGAGCCGUCAACAACAAAAAGUACGCGGGCGCUCGGGGGCGCUCGGACGGGCGCGGGGACGCGGGGCCCGCCGCGCCACCGCCCGGCCUCGCCGCCGCCGCCGCCACCCUCGCGGCCUGGCCCGGCUGCGCCCGGCGCGCCCGGCGCUCGGGGGGAUGUCUUACAAGCCGAACUUGACCGCGCACAUGCCCGCCGCCGCCCUCAACGCCGCUGGAAGUGUCCACUCGCCUUCCACCAGCAUGGCAACGCCCUCUCAGUAUCGCCAGUUGCUGAGUGACUAUGGACCACCAUCGCUAGGCUACACCCAGGGAACUGGGAAUAGCCAGGUGCCCCAAAGCAAGUAUGCAGAGCUGCUGGCCAUCAUCGAAGAGUUGGGGAAAGAGAUCAGACCCACCUACGCGGGGAGCAAGAGCGCCAUGGAGAGACUGAAAAGAGGCAUCAUCCACGCCCGAGGACUGGUUCGGGAGUGCUUGGCCGAGACAGAACGGAAUGCCAGAUCCUAGCCUCCUCCUCGGCCGGGAGGGUCCUGUCUUUCCACAAGCUCCCCUCCUGUUCCUUUUCCAAAUGGUAACAGUUUAGUUUUUUUUCCCAUGGUUCACUAGGCUCCAAACCUCGUCCCAAAGAUUGAGAAGAUUCUGCAGUUAAUUAGGGUUUGCAUUUUAAGUCGUUAGGAAUGACCCAGGGCUUUUUAAACAUUGAUUUAAAAGAUGCACGUGAAGUUAUUUUGCAGCAAACUGUUUGCUUCCAAGAUCCCAGUGUCUCCCUUUCGUCUUUUCUUCUGAAUACGUUUAUGUCACCCAGGUUGUUUUGUUCUUUUCCAUAAACUCCUACGACGCCAAGGACUUUGUUUCCCGGUGUGUUCUGACCGACAGCACGUUCUACUUAGUAGCUGCUCCCGUUUGCCAUAGUGUAGGUUCUGCUUACUGCAGCUUUUUUGUUUAAGCUUUUGCAUGACUCUUAGUGCUUUAAAGUCAAACUUAAAAAUUGACAAGUUAUAAAUACAGAAGGAAGAGCACCCCACCAAACCUAAACCAGCACCCUGAACAUUUUCAUGCUAAGACUGCAGAUUUCAGUCCCACAUGUCCUAUAAGCUAUCGAAACAUCGGGAAGAGAACGACUAAAACUGUUAGCACCUUUGUACGUAUUUAUUACUUGAUGUAAUAAAGCUUAUUUUCAUUAACAAUUUGUAUUAGAUGUGGGUUCCUUGAGCUCUGAAGAGCCGUUUAGAGCAGCCCCUCUGGGGGAGGCUGGAAAGACCUGUCAGGGAUUUUCCCACCUGUCCCAGUACCAUUUUUUGUGAUGUCAUUAGCUCAGUGGGCUGGGAAGAGGGCAUGCAUAGGCCACAGGCGGAGGUAGCAUGAAGGUGUACUUUAUCUGCAGCAAGUCUAAAUGUGUGGGAGGAAAGACAAUAAGGAAAAUAGUAGAAUCUGUGUAACUGACUUGGUGGGUUCCUAGUGCCCCUGCCUGCCAUUCGUUGGCAGGUGGUUACCCUUAUCCGGAGAGCUGGAAGAGUCUGCUUUUCAUAUAAUGUUAGUAACUGCAGCUACUUCAGCUGGUGCUCACGGGAAGAAGCACCCCACGCUGGAGCCAGAGCAAGGUGCACUGGUUGUAUUGAGACCUCCUGUGCUGGCCUCUAAGGGUGUCUCCCAUGAGGAUUCUGAGUUGGU